CCUCUCCUUCCACCUCUCCGUGGUGAACGCACACUGACGCGCACCAGUGCGGCCGACAUCCACUCUCAUGCACCACACACUUUUUUUUUCCUCCUCCGUGUACUUGGGAAAUAUACCGCGGGGCAAGUGAUCGGACGUCGGAUAUGUGCUGCGAUUCCAAAACAUGGAUCCAAUACUCUUUUUUCGCCUGUGCCGUUGAUUCUCCACUCCUGCGCUGACACUUUGAGCCAUUUGCGCGUCCUACAUUUUGGGGAGGUGUCGGCAGGCGUGUCGAGUCUUCUUAUCCCAAUUUGGAUGUUUAUCGCUGACUGCUUUUGAGUCCCUCGUCCACAUGACUGAGCAAGGGUGCAGCCGGAGACGUGGCUCCCCACUUGGGAAGACCUACGGCUAAAGUUUGAAGGGUGCUGGGUUGCUUUGGUCUGCCCGUUUCCCACUAAGCGUUUUUUUGGAUUUGCAAUCACCCAGAAAUUGCAACGCGCGGCGGAUAUCGUAUCUAUCUCCCCACUCAGUGGGAUUCGUUCGACUUGGAUUUAUACAGCUGCUGGAUUUCACCCCCGCCAUCCAAAUCAUGAAGACCGUUAUUAUUGAUGGGGCGCGACUCCUUUUUCUGGUGAUGUGGCUGAACCUUGUGCCUCAAACUGACAGCUGCCCUGCCAAGUGUGUGUGCUACAGUGAGCCCAGGCCCACUGUGGCCUGCCAACAACAAGGACUGUUUUCCAUCCCUACUGAGAUCCCUGUGCGGAGCCAACGGAUAUUCCUCCAGAACAACAAGCUGACAGUGGUGAGAUCCACCAGCUUCAGCUCUUGCCACAACCUCACGGUUCUCUGGCUCUACUCCAACAACAUCAGCUACAUCGAAGCUGGAGCCUUCUACGGCCUAGAGAAACUGGAGGAACUGGACAUUGGAGACAACAGCAAUCUCCGAACCAUCAGCCCAACAGCCUUCCGGGGCUUAACUAAGCUGCACACCCUCCAUCUGCACAGGUGUGGCCUGUCGGAACUCCCUGUUGGAGUUUUCAGAGGAAUGUUCUCUCUACAGUACCUUUACCUGCAGGACAAUAACAUUUUAACCCUCCAUGAUGACACUUUUCUGGACCUUGCCAACCUCACCUAUCUCUACCUACACAAUAACAAGAUCAAGAUAGUAACAGACAACAUGUUUCGAGGCUUAGUCAAUCUGGACCGGCUGCUGUUGCACCAAAAUCGGGUUAUCUAUGUCCAGCCCAGGGCUUUUAACGAUCUUGGUAAACUUAAAUCCUUGUUCUUGUUCUUCAACAAUCUCACUGUCUUGACAGGGGAGACCAUGGACCCACUCGUUUCUCUCCAGUAUCUGCGUUUGAAUGGAAACCAGUGGAUCUGUGACUGCCGUGCAAGGACCUUAUGGGAUUGGUUCAAACGUUUCAAAGGUUCCAGCUCUGAGCUGGAGUGCCACAUUCCUGAGUUCCUGGCAGGGAAGGACCUGAAACGGCUCAAAAGUGAAGACUUGGAGGGAUGUGUGGAAACACCUCAAAUCCAGACAAGUCUCUUCAGCGCCAAGGCCCAAUCAGGGAAAUUCCCUUCCACUGAGAGCCCUUUGGGGGACGCCAUCCCCAGGUGUUGCCUUGGAGAUAAUGACAAGUCCUCCAUCCUCUCUGGAAAGAGUCGCCAGAUCACUAACAACGCCCCCAAGGACAAGGAGAACAUGUCCAAAACUAAGUUUAACGAGCCGGAAAGAACAAAAAAUGAGACCCAGAACAAGCAAAACGAUGGACCACUGGGAACCUUGUCCAACACCCUGGACAAGUCUUUGGAAAACCUAAGCCCUGACCUUCUAGACAAUAUUGAAUCAUCUACAGCGUCAAGCAAAAAUAAAAAAAAGAAGUGCUCCAAAAAGCCCAAAUCAGACACCCACUGCAUCAAAGGCGGGGGUUCUGCUCUGCAAGUGCUGCCCUUUCUCUUCAUUCCCAUGACCUGGAUAUCUCUAGCCAUGUCCUAGGACUCCUGAUCCCUCUUCAAACACAGGACUCAAGAAUGUUGAUGCUCAUGACAAUGAUACAGAAGAUGCAGUGACAUCUACAACAGGCAGUGACUGAAAAGCGAGGAGUCACGUUGACCAUGAUGUUGCAGAGGGCAAACAAUAAUGACGACGACAGAGUACAUUUAACAAAAUGGAUGCCUUUACAGAACACUACAGAUCUAAUGUAAAUAACGAACUGGUGCCCAGAAUUGUUUGUUCUCUAUGUACUCAACUGUACUGUGUCUAAGCUACACUUUGGAGACUCCUCCCUUUUCCUUCUCAAAAGCUUUUACUGCUUAGACAGACCACCGAACGAGACGAAAAAAAAAAGAAAAAGGAAAGACACAAACAAAAAACAAAACAAACAAAAACUGGGAACCAGAGACAGAACGCACACAAAGAAUGUUUGGUCUGUUUAAUGAAGAUAAACUAUCUCCCCUCAUUAUUUAUUCAAAGUCAUGCAUUUGUUGGGUAAUGUUUUGGUUUUUUUAUGUUUAUAAAAUGUUUUACCUCCCCCUGAUUUUUAGUUCUAUUUUCAUGACAGAAAGGAUAUAUGGGCAGCAUCGACCAAAAGAAUGCUGUCGGUUUGUUCAUGGAGAUUGCAAUGGAACCAUAGAUAUGCAUUUUAUUUUACUUGUGUACAAGUAUGAAUAUAUUAUGAAUAAAAGUUCUUAUUUCGUAGAA